GCGCAACGUAGAGUGGAGUGGAGUGGAGUGGAGUGGAGUGGAGUGGAGUAGGGUGGAGUGGAGUGGGGUGGAGUGGAGUGGAGUAGAGUGGAGUGGAGUGGCAUGGAACGAAGUCGAGUGGAGCGGAGCGGAGAGAAGUGGAGAGGAGUGGAGAGCAGAGGAGCGGAAAGGAGAGGAGUGGAGAGGAGAGGAGAGGAGUGGAGCGGAGUGGAGUGGAGCGCAACGAAGUGGAGUGUAGUGCAGCGGAGUGGAACACAAGGAAGUGGAGCAGAGUGGAGAGGAGUGGAGUGGAGUGGAGGCGUAAGGAAGCAGAGUGGAGCAACGUGGAGUGGAGUGGAGUGGAGUGGAGUGAAGGCGAGUGGAGUGGAGUGGAGUGGAGUGGGUUGGAGUGGAGUGGAGUGGAAUGCACUGCGGUGGAGUGGACUGAAGUACAAUGGAGAGGACGAGAGUGCAGAGGAUCAGAGUGGAGUAGAGCAGAGCAGAGUAAAGCGACGUGGAGUCGAGUGGAGCGAAGGAGAGUGGAGGAGAGUCGAGUAGAGCAUAACAGAUUGGAAAGUGAAGAGCAUAGUAAACUCAAGAAGAAAAUAGUAGUUUAGAGUAGAAUGUUGUGAAGUAAAGCAAAGUAGAGUAA